AUGACUGUCACCUACACAGCCAGAGUUGCAAAUGCCCGUUUCUGUGGCUUCUCCAAACUGCUUCUGGCCUGGAAAGGCAGCAUCUACAAGGUGUUGUAUAAAGAGUUCCUGGCUUUCUUUGCCAUGUACACCGCCAUCAGCAUCACUUACAGAUUUUUCCUGUAUGAUGAUCAGAAGAGGUAUUUUGAGAAGCUGGCAAUUUACUGCAACCACUACGCUAGUCUCAUCCCCAUGUCCUUUGUUCUGGGUUUCUAUGUGACCCUGGUGGUGAACCGCUGGUGGAGCCAGUACACCAGCAUCCCGCUCCCUGACAGGCUCAUGUGCGUCCUGUCGGGGGGCCUCCAGGGGAGCGAUGAGAGAGGGCGCCUGCUGAGACGAACCAUGAUGCGUUAUGCCAGUCUGUCUGCCCUGCUCAUCCUCCGCUCUGUCAGCACGGCGGUGUUCAAACGUUUCCCCACCAUGGACCACGUGGUGGAGGCUGGAUUCAUGUCAAGAGAGGAACGAAAGAAGUUCGAGGGUCUCCACUCUCCCUAUAACAAAUACUGGAUCCCCUGCGUUUGGUUCACCAACCUGGCAGCUGUGGCCCGCUGCGAGGGCAGGAUCAAAGACGAUCACACACUCAAACUACUGCUGGAGGAGCUGAACGCGUUCAGAGGGAAGUGCAGCAUGCUGUUUCAUUAUGACAUGAUCAGCGUUCCUCUCGUCUACACUCAGGUGGUGACUCUGGCAGUGUACAGUUUCUUCCUGGUGUGUUUGAUCGGUCGCCAGUUCCUGGACCCCAAUCAAGGCUAUCCAGGUCAUGACCUCGACCUCUACGUUCCCAUCUUCACCCUGCUGCAGUUCUUCUUUUACGCCGGGUGGCUCAAGGUUGCGGAGCAGCUGAUAAACCCUUUUGGAGAAGAUGAUGACGACUUUGAGACCAACUGGCUGAUAGACAGAAAUUUCCAGGUGUCCAUGAUGGCGGUGGAUGAGAUGUACGGUGAUCUGCCGAUGAUGGAGAGAGAUCGUUACUGGAACGACUCCAACCCAAGACCCCCCUACACUGCUGCCACUCUCUUUGUCCUCCGCAAACCCUCCUUUCAGGGGUCCACUUUUGACAUGGCGAUCCCUAAAGAGGAGAUGCACUUUCAGCCUCUGGAGGACAUUGCUGAGAACCUGGAGGAGUCGGUUAGUCGUCACCCCAACAUGGCCCUCUUCAACCGCCUAUUAAACGCCGCCCCCUCCCCCACUGGCUUCAUGGGAGGGGCUCUUCGCCGCACCUCAGCACAGCUCCAGAGGCUGCGCCACUCCCCCAGCAUUGACCAGUGCACGAGCGAUGAUGACGAUGAUGAAAGUGGUAAAAUAGGUAAAGGCGGGUCUCUGCCAUCAGGGCUGGGGCAGGAAACUCAGAGCACAGUGUGCAGCUUCAGGGAGGAGAAGAGCAUCAGAACGCCUCUGCUGGAGGUCCAGUUUGGGGCAGAGCAGGACAGGCGAGGAGGGCACCCUGUCGUCAAUGAGAAGAAGGAGGUGAGUGGAUUGGAGGGGAAGAGUGACAAAGAGGGGCAGAUGAGGGAGGAAAGAGUUAAAGCAGACAGUCCCGAGGAGGAGAACCAAGCUCCCGCGUCCCUGCUGCCUCCUCCUCCCCAGUUCUCAAGAGAGACGUCCACUCAAUCGGCCUCCGCCAUUCCUUUCGCCUCCCGUCACCCCUCUGCCUUCCUGUUUAACCCGGCUGCCCACUCCAGUCUGGAGCACUGCAGCUCCCAGCCGGUAAUCAACCACAACAGAGCUGCGCCCUCCAUCCCCAAACCUCCCUUUGGUGGACACAAAAUGUCCUUCCUCACUGUGCCCUCCUACGAUGAACCGCAGCGUUUUCGCAGUGUGAGCAUGGGAUCAGAGCUCACCGGGUCUUAG